CACACAGUCUCCCUGUUCUCCUCCGGCAGCCUAUGUCUGUGCGUCUUUUCGCGUCUUUGCAUUAUUUCCCCCCCGCGUAUCCCUUCGCAGUGAUGUGCCGUUACACGGUCUCCGGCUGGUAGCAUCUUGGGAGCUCUUCUCAACAGGAACCUGCUCUGGAGGAGACAAACCAGGAUGGUAACUCGUUGUUCGUAACCAGCUUCACUUUGACGAAGGCCGCUGUAACCUCAAUCUCUUCUCCUAAACACUGACUAGCGUUCCUCAGCCAUGUCUAACAUAAACAAUGCACUUUGCAUUGAAAAUGGACAGAAUGCAGAUGUGUCUCUGCUACAAAAGGAUAAUCUUCAGGAUGGUGGAUUAAGUCAGCUUUUGGAUUAUAAUGCAGAAAUGGAAAGGUACAGGUCUUUUGCAAACUUUUAUAAAACCAAUGGGGCAUUUCCACAGACUGCUAAGAUUGCCCGCAUCACGACGCCCAUUUUUCCCAGUGCUAGAAUUGGUAUGUCCCCUUGGAACUGUGAUAACGCCAUGCUCUGGGGAAGGAAAUCAGCGGCAAUAAACCCUAAUAGGACCAGCAUGCAUAGAAAUGACUCCCAGAGGCCGGGGAAGCCUGGCGUGCCGCCAGAGACGCUGCAAAUGGCAAAUAAUAAUUUCCUCUCUACCUUAUCCCCCGAACACUGCAGACCUUUAGCAGGAGAAUGCAUGAACAAGCUGAAAUGCGGCGCUGCUGAAGCAGAGAUAAUGAAUCUCCCAGAACGCGUUGGAACUUUUUCCGCUAUUCCGGCUUUAGGGGGCAUCUCAUUACCUCCCGGGGUCAUCGUCAUGACAGCCCUUCACUCCCCCGCAGCCUCAGCAGCCGUUACAGACAGUGCGUUUCAAAUUGCCAAUCUGGCAGACUGCCCACAGAAUAAUUCCUCAGCAUCCAGUGGAAACCCAGCAAAGAAGAAAAGGAAAAGGUGUGGGGUCUGUGCACCUUGCAGGCGGCUAAUCAACUGUGGUGUCUGCAGCAGUUGUCGGAACCGCAAAACGGGCCACCAGAUCUGCAAAUUUAGGAAAUGUGAGGAGCUGAAAAAGAAGCCAGGCUCAUCGCUGGAGAGGACGCCGGUCAACAACGGCGAAGCUUUUCGGUGGUUCUUUUAGAAAGAAAGCCGUGGCCACCCCAUCCACCAGUUAGGAGGGCAGGUGGGACUCUUGACUCUCUGCCAGGAGCACUUCAUGGGUUCACAGAACCCAUCACGCCCGAAACAUUUGGAGAGGAUGAAAGAAGAAAACGUGGACAGACAAAAAGAUAAAAGAUAACAUAAUGGUGUUGUUUUAACUCUGUAAUUUCCUUUUCUGUGUAAUUAUUGUACCUUUUGACAGUAUCAUAAUGUAUAUUUUUGGUGUCUAUGAAUGUGUUUUCAGUGUCGUGGCUGUAGGUUCACAGCCAAUCCUGUGUAAAGGACUCAAACAGACAAUCAUACAGUCACCCUGAAUCCGUCAAACAGGAAGAGGCCACAAGGAUCGAGGAUAUACAAACCCAACACACUUCACCGCGGAGCAAUAAUCUAUUCUUGUGAUUAUUCUUCAACCUUUUAUAUAUUUUUUUUACUUCAAUUAUUAUAUCAAACUGAGUCCUAUUCAGUUUUUUGUUCUUUUUUAAUGUAAUCCGCAAUCCACAUGCUCAUGUUUAGACCAUUGCUGGCAGUGUAAUAUGUUUGCGAACGAUAGCAGCAGCGCUCCCGUGAUGGGUUUGUUGAUGUGCUUCCUGGUUUGAGUGGACAUAGAGCAGAACGGCCCACAUUGUCCUGUGUGGUGAGCUACACUUCUUUAAGCUCUAAUUGGGCGUCAUUUGAUUGUGGCAGCGCCAGAUGUUUGAGUCAGACUGCUGUCUGAGGGGUCAUAUUCUCAAAGAAAAUCCUUUUUUUUUCCCUUACAGAACUACAUAGGUCAUU